GCUGGAACCUUCUCCCACUUGGAAACAAAGAGAGACAGAGAGAAGAAAAAACCCAAAAAGAAACGAGAGAGAGAGAGAGAGGGGAGAGAGAGAGAGAGAGAGAGAGAGAGCACCCAAAACCAAAACCAGAUCUCGUCUUCCUCUUUCUUCCUCCUCCCCACCAUUCUCCUCAAACCCUAGAAUUCCACCCCCCGCCCCCCACAACACACUGAUUCCUUCCCGCAAUUCGUUCUCACUCUUUUUUUUUUUUUUUUUAAAUCUAGUUCUCCCUUUCGCCUCCUCCUCAACCCCUUCCUCAUGCAUCAAGUCAUGGCGCUGAAGCCCCUCCAGGUCGUGAUCCAGCUCUCCUUUUAAACCACCCCCUCCUAUGACCUUGAAAAUCGACAUCUUACAGUGGAGUAGCCGAUUCUUUUUUACUCUCCAAAUCUCUUAACCAACUCAGCGGCCCACCCACAACAUUGUUCACAAUUUCUUUCUUUAAUAGAUUUUGCCUGUAGUCAUGUAUAUUGGUUUCCAUAGUUUUUCCAUUGGAUGCCAUGUCAGUUUUUACACAUUUUAAUGGAGCAGAGCUGUAUGGAUUUGGAUGGGUCUGCAGUGGAUAUCUUCUGUCUUUUUGAAGCUUAGGGCCGAGUCUAUGCGUUUGGUGUUGGAUUGAAAUGUCAGGACUAGAAGGGCUUGAUGAAAUUAGAGAAAGGAGAUCAGAUUUUGAAAACUCUGAAGAUGAGAGACGGCAAUCAAAAAUUUGCUCCCUCAAAAAGAAAUAUAUAAAUGCUUCAAAUAAGUUCACUCAUUCUCUUAAGAAACGAGGAAAAAGGAAAAUCGAUUACAGGGUUCCUUCAGUUUCCAUAGAGGAUGUACGAGAUGCAAAGGAGGAGAGUGCUGUCCAUGAAUUGCGUCAAAAACUCCUUGACGGGGGUUUGUUGCCGGCUAGGCAUGAUGACUAUCAUACUUUGUUGAGAUUCUUGAAAGCUAGAGAAUUUAACAUUGAGAAAACAAUUCAGAUGUGGGGAGAAAUGCUUAAUUGGAGAAAAGAAUAUGGAACAGAUACGAUAUUAGAGGAAUUUGAAUUCGAAGAGCUAGAAGAAGUCUUGCAAUAUUACCCUCAAGGGUACCAUGGAGUUGAUAAAGAAGGCCGGCCAGUUUACAUUGAAAGGCUUGGGAAGGCUCAUCCAAGUAGGCUAAUGCGCAUCACCACGAUAGAUCGCUACUUAAAGUAUCAUGUCCAAGAGUUUGAGAGGGCAAUAAGUGAGAAAUUUCCUGCCUGUUCAAUCGCAGCAAAGAAACAGAUCUGUUCAACAACGACCAUUCUAGAUGUAAAUGGCUUGGGAAUUAAGAACUUCACCAAGACAGCAGCAAAUCUGUUGGCCUCCAUGACAAAAAUAGACAACAGUUAUUACCCUGAGACGUUACACCAAAUGUUCAUUGUUAAUGCUGGUCCUGGUUUCAAGAAGAUGCUUUGGCCUGCAGCACAGAAAUUCCUCGAUGCAAAGACUAUUGCAAAGAUUCAGGUUCUGGAACCCAAGUCCCUGUGUAAACUGCUGGAAGUCAUCGACUCUUGUCAGUUGCCCGACUUCUUGGGUGGUUCAUGCAUGUGUCCCGUUGAUGGAGGGUGCCUUAGAUCUAAUAAGGGUCCAUGGAGUGAUCCUGAAAUAUUGAAGCUUGUACAUAAUGCAGAAGCAACAUUUGUCAGGCAAAUCACCAGAGUGUCUAAUGGCCAACAGAAAUUUGAAUCUUAUAUUCAAAUACGACCACUGAAGGGGAGAAGUAGCAGUUCAUCAAUAGCAGAAUUAGGGACAGAUGUUGAUGAUCCCUGUUCUUCAAUUGGGCAAAAAGGCUCGAGGCUUCCCCAUUUGGAUCCAGUUGACGAAGAAUACAGGGCCUCAGAUCCAAGUUCCUACUACAGUUGUGAUGAUGACAUUACAUUACUUGACAAAGCUUCUGAUUCUGACCGUGGAGCGGAAUAUCCUCAGGAACAAACUUUUAAAAUCAAUGAUGUGGUUAAUUCUUCUAGUGAGGCACCACCAAUUCCAGAAGGACGCUUGGCCAUUCGGAGGUUCAAUACUGUUAGACACAGAAUUGAGAAGAUUAAUUUCCUGGGUUUGGCAAGAGCAUUGGUCUCUUUUGUAGUCAAACUACUUGCUUUAAUACGUAGUCAACGGUUUGAAUUUUGGAGAUGGCAUAACAACAUUCAUCCAUGUGAUUCAAUGGGAGGCACUGUGAACGUCCAUUCACCAGCUGCUGAAGCAGUUGAGGAAGAAGAUCGUGUCAUUCCAUGCAUACAACGUCUUCAGAGACUAGAGAAAGAUCUUGAGGAAAUUAGCAACAAGCCGACCGAAAUUCCUUUGGAGAAGGAGCAAAUCCUCAUGGAGUCAUUGGAUCGAAUCAAGUCUGUUGAAUAUGACCUUGAGAAAACAAAGAGAGUACUACAUGCCACAGUGGUGAAGCAACUUGAGAUUGCUGCGUUGUUGGAUAAUCUGCGAGAGUCCAAAUUUCAUGUAAGUUCCUUUGUGCAAACUUUUUUAAUAUCAGACGCGGUAAAUUUUAUAUCUAACCAAGCUUUCCUAAGGUCCCAGUUGCGUUGCAUUACAUCAAUUAGCCAUCCUAUGUGGGAUUUGGGGCUUGAAUUUAUGGUGUGUCUGUUGUGAAAUGGCAAUGCUAUUCAAUUAGGGUGCAUUUGCUUGGUGGCUUGGCUAGGCUAGGGUAGGAUAAGCACCCCUAGCCUAUGUAGGCUAUGUUUGAGGCAACACAAGUAUGUGGUAGGUCUGGUCAAGAGGGAGGAAAUUAGUCCAUUUACAUGGUAUAAAGCUGGCCUGUACCUUUUCAUUAAUCCUAUGUUUGGGGAGCCCGUAGAUAUAGAUUUGUAUUGGAUUUGGAUAAGAUGUAAUAUAAAAUUGUAUUGAAAUUUGUCAAAAUCCAUCCAAAUCCAAAUCCAAGGUCUGAAAUCCCAAACGCAGCUAUAAGGGUAUAUUGGUAGCAAUCCAAACAUGGGACAAUAUAACUAUCAUAGCCAUUUUAAUCCAGUAUCAUUUACUCCAAUCCACUCCCUCAAACCUUUGUGUUGGAAACUAACGUCCCUAGCCAAAAGCAGCGAGUAUAAAACUCGAAAGGGGUGUAAAAGACUAUCUUUUCACUUGUUUUAAUUUUUUUGUCACUAGAAAUAUAAUUUUUAUGACCUGUGCUCAGCAUAAUGCUUUAUUUAGUUUGUGAAUUUAAGGAUUUCCAUUAUGUUGGCCUCUGCUAAAAAAAAAUGAAAAGGCUAUUGGUCUGGCUCACAUAAGAAACUAUUUGAAAAAAUUACUCAUUGUCUUUCCACUUGCCUUUGUAUUUUAAUUUAUUACUUAAAUUUUGUGCAUUAGCUUCUUGUCUUGUUGUGUUGUGGUUCCAACUGCCAUGUUAUUUGUUGGUUGAAAUUUCACAAAGAAAAUGAUAGUGUCUGCUAAUACCUUAAGUUAAAUGAGAGUGGAACCGAAGCGAACUUGAGCCAUGCCUGUGGUUCCAAAACGAAUGUGCAAGUCCACAAAGCCAAAACAUACUUGCAAGCGAAUUGCGAUCUAGUUGCAUUUAUGUUUACUGCUGCUAGCCAAAACAUGUGGAAGCCCGCAAAUCCGAAACAUGCUUGCAAGCCAAUUGUGAUCUAGUUGCAUUUAUUUGUUUGCUGCUGUUAUUCAAAACAUGUGGAAGCUUGCAAAUCCAAAACAUACUUGCAAGCUAAUUGUGUUCUUGAUGGAUUUAUGAUCACUGUUUUAUUCUCUAUGACAAGCUAUGACACGUGUAUUCUUAUUGCAGCAAAGAAAGUUCUGCUGAAACGAUGAAAAUCAUAAAUAAGCUGCUUGUGCAUAUUGGAGUAACAGGGGAUGGAUGAAGACAGUAUGCCAUUCUGAGGACAUCAAUACACAAGUGGCACGUUUAUGGAUGAAACUAGAUGUACAUCUGUUUCAUUUCACCCUCAUAUAUGUUUUUACCCAAAUUUGACAAAAUUACAUGUAUAACUAUGUAGGUUCCUCAAAUUUUAGAUGGUAUAGAGAAGAAAAGGCUGAAUACAGCGUUUAGCA